AUGCCUACGACCACAAGGAGCAAAUCCAAACAGACUCGUCUAGAUGACUUUGUAGACGAAGACAAAGCCUCCCUAGCCAAAAGCUCAGCGACUGCGAAAGCAAGCAAAGCAAAAGUCAAGGACGAAACCUCAAGUCCCAGAAAGCAGAAGGUCGAUUCCAAAAGUCAAGAGAAAGAAGCGACCAAACCGUUAGCUGCUAGGAAACGGAAACAGCCCGACGGCGAGGAUAGUUCCAAAAAUCCAGCGCCAAAAGCAUCACCACCUCCGAAGAAAACGCAGCAGCAGAAGAUUUCCACAUCCGGCGAUGUUACUUCUCCUCCGGAACUAGCCUCCGAAGAAGGAGACAAAGACAACCCAGUCCUCAUCAACCGUGCACCUGUGCUGCAUCUCUGGGGUGCCUGCGUCGCGCACUGCUUACACCCGAGCCUCGCAUGGCCGACGUGCCUGGCGAUCGGGUCUCAGAUCUCGACACUGUGCGCCAUUUCCAAAGGCCGGAGCAUCGGGGCGAUCGAGCCGGCUGAUCCGGACAAGAAGGCCCAGAAGGACGAGAAGAAGCGCAAGACAGCUGAUUCUGCGGAUCAGGAAUUCGAUGUCAUGGGGUUUCCGAUGCACGUCAAGAACGGAGAGUUGGUCGUGCAGGGUGAAGCGAAGAAGGGCAAUGAGGGCCUAUUGGUGGGGAAGUUUGGGAACGAGCAGGAUUAUGAAAAGGCGAAGAACGCCAUGACUGAUGCGCUGCAGGGCUGGAAGGGGAAGGGGGACCUGCUGGAUAAGAAGGCUUUCGGCAUGUAUGAGCGGUUUCGGCCCAGUGUCAAGAGUGGACAGCGUGGUUGGGGCAGGAAAGGGGAGUUGACGGUGAAGCAGAUUCGUGAGGUCGUUCGUGGGUAG